AUGCGUGUCUAUCUGUUGAUCCUCCUUAGCUUCGGAUUUAUACACUUGAUUUUAGCUAAAGUGGAUUCAAAUCACACAGAGCUAAAUCAUGUAUUGGACCGGGUUUUUUCGCGUCGAAAGCGCUUUGUAUUAUUUCCACCUGGCUCAAAUUUGAAGUUUACCGGCCAGCUGAGCAAAGGCCUAAUUUCGGCUUAUCCCAAGGGAAUUUCCAUGAACAUCGAGCAGGCCUGCUAUUAUCCUGUGCCCACGAAACGCGAGGAUGUCUACCCAAAACGAUAUCGUCAGAGAACUACCACCACGGAGAAACCAAAGACUACCACGGAACCCACAUACGUUUGGAUACCGGGAACGAACUGGAGGUUUAAGGCCACGCCACUAAAGAAACCCAAGCCUAAGUACCCAAAUCAACGCAUUGAUGUGAGACCCCCAAAGCCAUCAUAUGUAAAUCCUGCCAAGUGGGCACAGUGGUCGAAAUACGGAAAUCGAUACGAAAACUGGCCGCCAGCGAAUCACAACUACGAAAAGUACAGCCAACCUGAAAGAUGGAGCAAGUGGACCACGCAGUCGCCCAAGUGGUCAAAACGUUGGUACAGAUCGGCGGAUGGGGAGUACUAUGAUCCCGAGGUGGAACCGUACGAGGAUGUGAGAUCGCAGCCAUUGGACGACCCUUACGAUCCCGACAUGGCACCCCACGAAACAGCUCACUAUCCAGAUCUGGCGCAUAUCAAGGACUGGCGCCAUUACAAUGGACAUCGGGAUCGAAGGCAGUUGUUCGAGCACUUCGAUGGGUUCAGUAAGCUACUGGGAAUCGAUGCUAAAGCUUGUGUUCUGAGAGCUAUUUGUGAUAGUAAGCGCCUACUUUUGCCUCGUGGAUAUUCGAUGAUUCAGGAUAUUGUGCGACUGAUCUUCACUUUACCCACCGCAUCCGGCGUGGAGGAUGAAUAUUCCCGGAUCAUGCACAUGGAUGCGGACGAUUGCGACCGUCAGUUUCGGGACUCGUGUAAACUAAAUAUUUUGGCCUGGCUAAUGGGCGGCAAGUGGGACUGA